UAUUAACUAAUCCAAGUGUACGGGGUAUAUAUGAGAAUGAAAUUGAUAAUUUUAUUAAUUAUAAGGAUUGCACAUUCUUCACUAAAAAAGACAUUCUUCGCCUUUAUAAACGUUUUCAUGCUCUUAACCCCGAAAAAGUGCCUGGAAACAUGCAAGGGAAUCAAGCUUCACUUGUUAAAAUGACGUUUGAGGAAGUUGGAAGAAUGCCUGAACUUAAGGAGAAUCCUUUCCGUCGAAGAAUUUGUGAAGUAUUCUCAGAGGAUGGCUGUGGAAAUUUAACUUUUGACGAUUUUCUCGAUAUGUUUUCUGUAUUCAGUGAAAUGGCUCCUUUACAAUUAAAAUUGAAAUAUGCCUUUAGAAUAUAUGAUUUUGAUGGGGACGAGUUUCUGGGACGUGAGGACCUAAGACAAAUGAUUGAUGCACUUACAAGGAAAGAGGUAGAACAAAUUUUUAGGUUAAAGAAUUUUAUUUAUAAGCCAAUAGAAAAUGACUUGGAAAUGAGCGACGAAGAAGUAGAAUUCAUCAUAGACCGUAUUAUUGAAGAAGCAGAUCUGGAUGGAGAUAAAAGAAUUUCCCAGGCUGAGUUCGAACAUGUAGUGUCUCGUUCACCUGACUUUGUGCGGACAUUCCAUAUCAGAAUAUAA